AAAAAUGAAGUAAUAACAAAUGUAUCAAGUGACUAAAUCAAAGUUGCAAAAUACUUGACAUGAUAAUAAGCGUAGUAUCUUUGAUGAUUUUUCUCAACAUAUGGCAUAUAGGCACUGGCUUCGGUUAUGAUUGAAAUUGAAAUGAUAAUGGAAAUGGUCAUAGCAAUAUAAGAGAUGGGAUUUAUCAACAGAGAAUACAUCAUUAUCAACAGAAGGAACUAUCUUAUCAGAGCAGAACACAUCAUUAUAAGGGAAGAAACAUAGUGUAAGAUAAGGAACUCUUCACUGUACGAGAGUGAAGGAGAUAUAUAUCGUUAUACAUUUAUAAGAGAAGUAACAUGAUUACAGAAGGUGUGUUACAUUAUAUACAUGUGUGGCCAGAAACGCAUCAUUAUAAGAGAAGGAACACAUGAUUAUAAGAGAGGGAACACAUCAUUAUAAGAAAAGGAACAUAUCAUUAUAAGAGAAGGAACACAUCAUUAUAAGAAAAGGAACAUAUCAUUAUUAGAGAAGGAACACAUCAUUAUUAGAGAAGGAACACAUCAUUAUUAGAGAAGGAACACAUCAUUAUAAGAGAAGGAACACAUCAUUAUAAGAAAAGGAACAUAUCAUUAUUAGAGAAGGAACCCAUCAUUAUAAGAGAAGGAACAUAUCAUUAUUAGAGAAGGAAUACAUCAUUAUAAGAAAAGGAACACAUUAUUAUUAGAGAAGGAACACAUCAUUUUAAGAAAAGGAACACCUCAUUAGAGGAGGAACCCAUCAUUUUAAGAGAAGGAACACAUCAUUAUAAGAGAAGGAACACAUCAUUACAAGAAAAGGAACAUAUCAUUAUUAGAGAAGGAACACAUCAUUAUAAGAGAAGGAACAUAUCAUUAUUAGAGAAGGAAUACAUCAUUAUAAGAAAAGGAACACAUUAUUAUUAGAGAAGGAACACAUCAUUUUAAGAAAAGGAACACAUCAUUAGAGGAGGAACCCAUCAUUUUAAGAGAAGGAACACAUCAUUUUUAGAAAAGGGACACAUUGUUAUUUGAAAAACCCACAUCAUUAUAGAAAGGACAAAUUUUUAUUAUAUUGAGAAUAGAUACACCCUUAUAAGAGAAAGAACUUCUAGUGUAUAGAGAAUGGAUACAUCACUAUGGUAUGAGUAUUACCAGGGUGUUGUGUAUCCUUUAGACCUCUGUUCUCCACCAGCUAUCGGACAACAGCCGAAGAGUGUAGCAUCUUUGACAACAUUGUGUUCUCGUUACAUCAUACAAGAUUCCACCAUGACAGCUCAGGCUAUAAACUACAUACCCAAAGAGCUUUGUAUUGUAUUGAUGCAACAAGCAUUGAUAUGUAACAAAGAUCGGGCUGUUGAUGUGUUGUUGUCUCAUUGGCCAUUUGAAACUUUGUCACUACAGAAACUGGUACCAAACGUGUUUACUUCUGUCAGGCCAUUAUACGAUAUGUUAUAUUUAUCUGAAGUAACCAGGCAAUGUUUGAGAUACACCACAUGUUUGGCUCAUACUUUCCUUGAAUGCGUUAAAAAUAAAACUCCAACAAAACUCAGAUAUCUGGAUAUGUCAGGAUUUCCAACUCCGGAGGUAAUCCUGUACUAUCUGGCUACACAUUGUAUGUUGUCCUAUAAUGAAGCUCGUCAGAAUGUGAUGGUCAACAUGUAUAAUAAAGCUGUACAGUUAUUGCCCCAGCCUGUACCAGAUCGUUUAAUGAUGGCUGAUCAGUUCCUGCCUGACACUUCAAUUCUAGUCAAACUUGAUGCUUUUGUAGCUGCAGACCAGACGCUGACAGAACUAAGUAAAGCCUUGAAGGUAUCAGGAUUUACUGAUAGUAAACUGUGUAUGUGUUUACAGAAACUCGAUGCUACAUGUUUGGGGGAACCUAAGCUUAACAUACUUCUUGGACAGAUUAAUCCACAGUACUUGACAGGAAUUAGAUUGAAGUACAACUCUAUUAACUGUGAGAGUUUUUGUAACCUGGCCCCUACACUUGAGAAGUUUACAAACUUAUGUGCCUUAGACCUUUCGUGUAACAGUAUAACUGUGUACCAGAGUGACUCUACAACAGAGGUCCUUGGUAAAACACUGUCCUCCUUACCAAACCUAAGCAGACUGGAUCUAAGUAGUAACAGACUGAAGUACAAGCUACGACAGCUUAUCAGUGGUACACAGCAGCCGUUACAACAUCUUCGUCUGGCAGGAUGUGGUCUGACGGAAUCAGAUAUCAGAUACCUAUCAACAUCACACCAUACUAAAGCCUUACAACACAUUGAUUUAGGUGGAAACACACUGACAUUAUGUUGUGGAAGUUUAGGACGUCUAUUAGAAGAAGUUAAGUCUACCUUACUAGUGCUUGAGUUAGAGGACAGUAAACUAGAUGAUGGUGGUAUUCUUCGCCUGUUGCCUUACAUUUCCUUAUUACAUUCCAUUCUGUACCUGAAUCUAUCCCAGAAUUCCUUAGUUUCCUCUGUUUGUUUACAGCUGAGUGAGACAUUAUCUUCAUUGGUAGAUCUGAAGGCUUUGAAGAUAUCGUACUGCUCAGACUUUUAUGGGACAGAAGAUGAAGAAGAAUUUAUUCGAAUCAAACAAAUGUUUGUCAACCAAUUUUUAGUGGUUUUGAACAAAUUAUUUGAAACACAUCUGGUCAUGACUGAUCUUGAAAGCUUUUGAUCAUUUAUAAUAAUCAUUGUUGUACUGUUUCAUGAUUGUACUGUAUAAUAAUUAUGUUAUAUAUAAUAAUCAUGAUUGUACUGUAUAAUAAUUUAUAAUCAUGAUUGUACCUAUUAAUUAUUUUUAAAAAUCAUGAUUGUACCAUGUCAUGAUGUAUAAAAAUCAUGAUUGUACCGUGUCAUGAUGUAUAAAAAUCAUGAUUGUACUGUUUAACAAUUUAUAAUGAGCAUAAUUGUAUAAACAGUUUAAUAAUAAGAAUGAUGUAUAAGCAUAUGUUCAUUGCAGAAAUUAUAAAGAUAUAUUAAUUU